AUGAUCCUAAAUUUACCUGAUUUCAAUAAAGGUGUAAAACAGCUGCUCCAAUACAUAAUAGAAAAUAAGUUGAAAGAAAUGUAUCCAAAUAUUUAUAUUGUUAUUCAAAUUUUGUUAACAGUACCAAAAUUCAAAAAUGCCACCAAAAAAUCUGUUUUACAAAAUAAAAAAAUACGAGAGCAACGAAUUGCUGCUAUUAAACGUAAUACCGGCGAUAUUUUAAAAUUUCAUUUACCAAUCGCUACUGCCAUAUCUGCCAGUUCGAGCUCAGCAGAUAGUAAAGAUGAAAUGGUCGAAAUACAAAACCAAGAAGAAAGCGAAAAAAUAGUAAGAGAUCCUGAACCACAAUUACCUAAACAGAAAAUUGAUAAUAUUGACUUCAAUAAUCCUAAGAUAUGGAUUAUUAACAAAGAUACCGUUAAGAUGUAUAUCGAACAUGGCACUGAUUUUGGUGAUGAUGUUACAUUUUAUCCAACAACAGAAAAAACAGAAAAUUUGGAAAUCAGUGGUUAA